CAACAAGUCAAGUCAAGUCAUUCAGAAAUCAGGAUAAUCAUCACAAUAACAAUAUCUAGCAUACAAUGAAACUCAAUCAACCAGAUUAAACAUUCAUCAAACAAAAUCAAAUCAAACCAAACCAACCAAACCCUUAUCCCCAAACUAGAAAGUCAAGAAAAAGAAUGUUUGAACAAACUCUAAGUGGUCUAAUCAAAGCCUUACGAUCAAAAAAAGAUCAAGAAACUCAAAUCAUAAACCAAUCAUUAAAAGAAAUCCAUCAAGAAAUCAAAUCGAUUGAUUUACCAUUAAAAUCAAAUGCAAUCUUAAAAUUAUCUUACUUAGAUAUGUUAGGUUAUCAUCAAUUAUUUAAUUAUUCUUUUAAUGUGAUCGAAUGUAUGUCUUCUAAUCUGUUUGAGUAUAAACAAAUCGGUUAUAUGGCCGCGGCUCAAUCUUUUGGUCCUCAUACUGAAGUUUCAAUGUUAACGACUAAUUUAGUUAAAAAGGAUCUCGUUUCUCAUUCUUCUUCAAACCAAAGCAAAUCAUUCUUCAAUCAACUCUCUUCCUCAUCAUCAUCAUCCACCCAAAUCUCAAGCACGCCACCGAUCCUUUCCAUCACUUUAGCCGCCUUACCCCAUUUACUAACCCCCCAAAACUACAUAGACUUAGCCCCAGACCUGAUCAUUCUUCUAAACCACUCUAAACCGAGUAUCAGAACCCGAGCGAUCAUCCUCAUCAACACCUUGGCC